AUGAAAGCGGUUUUGGCAGUAGUUUUGAUAUGCAUCACGUCAGUCGUGGCACAGAACAUCGUGUGCUACUACGACAGCCGUGCGGCCAGCUAUAGCACUCCGACGUAUCCGAGCAAUUUCAGCACAACACACUGCACCCAUUACAUCUACGACGGCAUCGGUGUGACGAGUCUUGGGGAUGUGCGCGUCCUCAGCAGCUACGAUACAUCAUCUGGGUUUGCCGAUUUCCAGGCCCUGCGCAAGAACGCCAACAUCAAACUGUUCGUGCAGCUCGGCUCGGAGCGCGACGGCAGUAAAAGUUUGACGAACGCCAUCGCUGGACGCUGUGAGAGGCUGGUGAACAGCGUCGCCAUCUUCCUGGAGCAGUACAACUUCGAUGGCGUAGAAAUCGACCGACGAACCAAUGACUUCGAUAAGGGAGCGCUGGCGAGAUUCAUCAACCGACUCCGGGCCCGGCUGUACAUGAUGAACAAGCAGCUGUCCGUGUCCGUUUCGGCCCAGCUGAUCGAUGCGUACGAUAUCACCUCCCUAAGCCUGUACGCCGACAUGAUAAACUUUCACGCCUACAACUUCACCGGCUCGUUCACCAGGACCGCCAAUCUUGCUCCACUCUUUUCGGCCGGUUCUGCCACCUCGGCCGUCAGCGUGAACUCAACGCUUACGUCUUGGCUAACGGCGGGCGCUCGACGCAACAAGAUAAAUCUUGUGGUGGCCGCGUACGGUCAGACGUAUGUGCUGACAAGCGAAGCCCAGAAUGGCGUCGGAGCUAGCGCCAUCGGUCCCGGUGCGGCCGGACCAAAUACGAAGCGGGCCGGACUGCUCGCCCUCUACGAAUUCUGCACGCUCGCGUCCUACACCCCGGCAACCGAUGCGAAUGCGGCCACCGCGUACUUCUUCAGCGGCAAGAACUGGGUCAGCAUCGAGACGGAGGACACGUUGGUCCAGAAAUAUACCUAUGUCCUGGAUAAUGGGCUGGCCGGAGUGGGCAUCUACACGCUCGACCUGGACGACGCUACCAACGCGUGCUCCAAGGGGGCGUACCGGGUGGCGGAGCUGGCGUACCAGUAUUUCAACGGCGCGUAA